AUGCAAAAUCGCAAGCAGGAGGUGCUGUUGCCCCAUGCGAGGCUGAUGGUUGGGAAUCCCAAGAAGGGCAAAAGCCCGAGAGGGUUUGCUCUGAAGAAAUCACCAAAUAUUUUUGGUAAGAGGAAAUCUCUGCGCUCGCCGCGGGCUAAAGAUCAUGACCGAGGGGAGAAUUCCCAGGUGGCGGCGAUGCGUGCAGCUCCGAAGGCUGGGCAGGAGCACGGGCAAACCGGGACCAAGGGUCUGAGAUCUUCGGCCCGUCAAGCUAUCACGGCUGGGGAGACCCAGCGACCGACCAAGAAAUUAAUCCGACUUCGGGAGAAGGAGGCGAGUGGAGUGCCUCGAGUUGAGUCAAUGAAGGAAAAACACUCGUUCUCAAGUUGCAUCGAGAACCAUAGUGAUGGGGAGAAUGCUAGUCUGAUCCGCGAGACUGAGGCCACUCGGCGAAGGCGUUUGAUUUUGGAGGAUGAUUCAGACGAUGAUUUCCAAUUCCCUGCGAAGCCCGUCCCGGCCAGUCUUGAGUCUGUUGCGGCGGACCAUGUGAUGCUGCCAGACCCCGUGCGUUUGAAGACGGCUGGAUCGGGACCGGGAAGGAAAGGGAAGGGGGUGAAGGCGGCGGAUUCGCCUCAGGUGAAGCAAAGCCAGCCUCGCAAGAUGAAGCCGAAACCAGAGACUGCUGGGAAGAAAGGCCGAUCCAGGGAAACUCGGCAGACACUGUCGGCGGCGGGAGGUGAGGAGACGCGAAAUAUGGGCCGGGGAGUCCUUGUUGGCCAGAGUUCUGUGAGGCUAUCCCCCUAG